AUGGAGACGGUUACAAAGUUAACCGGAGAUGUGAAGAAGAGUCACGUUAACGUCAAUGAGACGUUGAGGAUGAGGAUGCUUACCUCGGAGAAAAAUGGAUCACAAGAAAUCACCAAGCAAGAAAAGAGGAUGCUUACCUCAGAGAAAAAUGGAGCACAAAGAGGAUGCUUACCUCGGAGAAAAAUGGAGCACAAGUCUGUUGAAGAGUUAACCGAAGAAGACAUGGAGAGAGAUCCAUGCACGAGACGUCAAGGACGUUGGUGGUGUUCAAAGAUGAUACCAAGCAAGAAAGAAGGUUGCUUACCUAAGAAAGAAAAGGGAGCAUAG